CCCAUACCCACAGGAUUAGUCUUUGAUUUUAGAGACCCCAAGUCAUUAUUAUUCCUCUGCACCGGCUACAUAAUCUAUCACCAAUGGUGCUUUCUUACAAAGAGUGCCUCAAAAAUCAUGCGGCUAGCUUGGGUGGGCAUGCCCUCGAUGGCUGUGGAGAGUUCAUGCCCAGCCCUUCAUCCACCCCAACUGACCCCGCCUCCUUCAAAUGUGCAGCCUGUGGUUGCCACCGCAACUUCCACCGCCGUGACCCUUACGAUGGCCCUGCUUUCAUCCGCCGCCUCCCACCGCCACCCAGUGCUAGCUCUAGUCCAAGCCCCACAAGCACUACCCCGCCCUCACCUGUGCCAUACUCUUACUACAGUACUUCUGCACCGCACAUGCUGCUGGCCUUGACCACUGCAUACUCCGGGCCGUUGCUCGACAGCUCCCAUCCUUCGAUGCCGAGGAUAAACAACAACAACAACAACAAUGGGAGAAAGAGGUCAAGAACAAAGUUUACAAAGGAACAGAAAGAAAAGAUGCAUGCUUUCGCGGAGAGGCUUGGUUGGAGAAUGGCAAAGAGUGAAGAAAGAUCGAUAAAAGAGUUUUGCUAUGAAGUUGGGGUCGAUAGAGGCGUUUUCAAGGUUUGGAUGCAUAACAACAAGAACACUUUUAACAAGAAAGAUAUAUCAGCAGUUGGUGAUAUCAAUCUUCGCGACAACAAUAACAGGUAGGGUGGUAUUCAGCUUCAUGUUUCUAUUAAUAAUGGGUCCUCUGUAUCUUAAUUUAGGAAAAAAAUGAUACUGAAUUUGAUAGAAAGCAGCGGAUUUUAGCUGCUCCUUUUACAUACAUGGACUGGACUUGUGUUAUUUGAUCUUUUUUGCUGAUUAGUAAUCAAGUACCGGUGGUGGCAGAUGAAAACAGAGGAUAUGACUUGUAAGGAUAACAAUUAAAGAGAUUUAUUUUGUCAUUGUUAAUUCCGUCUUUAGUAGA